AUGCCACCGUUCUGGGCAGCUGGUCCCUGGACCAAUCAUAGCCGCGCUGGUGAGCUGGAGUUCGUGCUGCUGGGCUUUGCACACGUGCCCUCCCUGAGGCCAAUGCUUGCAGUGGUCUUCCUGGCUGUCUUCCUGCUCACGUUGCUAGGCAACACGCUCAUCGUCACGCUCACCAGCCUGGACCCAGGCCUGCGUGCACCCAUGUACUUCUUCCUGCGUCAGCUGGCCCUGGUGGAGAUCUGCUUCUCACUGGAUGUGGCGCCCCGUCUGCUGGUGACCCUGCUGCUGCCUGGACGCGGGAUGUACCCCACAAGCUGUGCCCUGCAGCUCUUCUUGGUGCUGUUCUUUGUCUCAGCGGAGUCCAUGCUCCUUACAGUCAUGGCCUGGGAUCGCUUCCUGGCCAUUUGCAGGCCACUGCGCUAUGGGGCCAUCAUGAAUUUGAAGCUGUGCUGCCUUCUGGCCACCACGUGCUGGCUGGCAGGAAUCCCCGUGGGUCUUGUCUUCACCAUCUGGCUCUUCAACUUCCCAUACUGUGGGUCACGGGGCAUUCGGCACUACCUCUGUGAUAUACCACCUCUGCUGAGCCUCGUGUGUGCAGACACCAGAGUCUUCGAGGCCAGUAUUUUCGUGAUCACUGUGGUAUUCAUGAUUGUUCCUGUCUCCCUCAUACUCCUGUCCUAUACCAGGAUUCUGAUUGCUGUCCUCCGCAUGCCAUCAGCCUCUGGGCGCCACAAGGCCCUGUCUACCUGUGCCUCCCACCUCAUCGUGGUAAUUCUGUUUUAUGGCACAGUGGGGGUCAUCCACUUGCGCCCCAAGGCCAGCUACUCUCCUGAGAGCAAACAAGUGGUGUCCCUGUCAUACACCAUGGUGACCCCUAUGCUCAACCCCCUCAUCUACAGCCUGCGGAACAAGGAGUUCAAGGCUGCCUUAGUUCGUGUCUUCAUUCAGAGAAGAGGUACCUUUACCCCCUAA